AUGGAGAUUCAUGCAGACGACCAUAUAGUAUUCAUGGCGUUCUCUGCUGUUUUUCUGGUUCUUGCACUACUUUCUGCCCAAAGAUUAGGUAAGUUUACAAUUAUAAGAUGACUAAGACAUAGUUAUAUUCAAUUAAGAAGGCAUACUCUGUUCCAAAGACGAACGGUGGGCGCAAAUAUGGACCGUUGCGUUUGUGUGCUCAACUUUACAUCAUUUGGUGACGUCCUUGUAUUUGAAUGCUGAUGAGUGCCAUACACGCUUACAUUCAAAGUAUUGAGUAAUGGCUUUUGGAUUAAGAAAUUACAAUUUUCUUGAUUGUCAGAUUUAGAAUUUGCUCAGGUAUCUCUACCAUCGGAAUAUUUUCUUCAGUACACUGUAGUUUCCCGCGAGUGAAACUUCCUUCCCCGAAUCAUGUGACUUCGAGGUUCAAAGAAGAGUUCACAAGUUAAAAAAAAAGCAAUAAAUUGAAAAAUAGAGGCAAUUCGAGGAACGAAAAAAAUGAUUUGAGGAUAAAAGCUUCUCGAUGCGUCCUCCUAGUCUCCUUAAAAAUUUCUAAAUUUUUCUAAAUUGUUAAAAAUGUGUAAUUUUUUUAUUUGUAUAAUGUGUAAUUUUUUCCCUUGUAUGAUGAUUUGUUUCGUCGUGUAAAUUGAGCAAAACUUGAAAUUACGAACAAAUGGACUCUAUUACCAUACAGUCUUAUUGUAUUGUAUUGGCUGAUAAUGCACAAUAAUAAUUAUGGUUUACAAAAACAGUGCUAACUUUUCUACAUUCUUGGUUAUUCAGGACUUGCAAGUCACCGUUUGCCAUCCAAAUCGCUACCAACGGACUCGCACGUUGAUGUGAAAUCACUGCCAAUGGACACAGCCUUGCUACAACUGACUUUGACUUCGACUUCAGAUAUUACACCAUCAGUUAAUGUGUUUGGUCUCUCUAGUAACUGCCAUAAGGUACAUGAUGUACAGGCUAUUAACAGUGGAUCCAUAGUAACUCUAUUAUUCCUUAGUUUUUGUUCAUUAUUGUUCUUCGGUUAGAAAAAACACUUCAUCAGUCAGUAAGUGCGUCAGUUUUUUUUUUGCCAUAACUCCACAAACUUAACAACCCAGGUGAACCCAUCCUCUCUCUCUGCUGUUGUCCCACCAAGCUUAUUUCUAGCUAUUUAGACAAAAUUAUGCCACCUAUCAUCAAAACUUUACCAUUGUACCUGAAAGACAGCCAAAACGCAUUUGAAAAUUUUUGCAAUUUCUGUGGUGAAGACAAAUAUCUUUUCACUCAGGUGGCGAAGGUCCCCUGUUCGUUAAAAAAAUUUUUUUGAUCAGUACACUGCUAAGGAACCUAGCUCUGUAAUACUACUCUACUGAGCCAAACUAGUCUUAUUGCUUUGCCUUUAGGGAUAUCUAUUACAAACUAAUGGUGUAGCAAAUGGGAACCAAAAUGGGACCCGAAAGUUAUUUUCAGCUAACACAACAAACCCAAAGCUGAAUUCUACAGUCACAACAUUGAUAAGUGUCUCUGUGCUACCUUCUCAACCAGAGAGGAGCUAUCUCAAUUUAGAAUGGCUGCUAAUUCCUUGGGAAAUUUCUGACACUUCUUGGGCUUUUAUUUAUAUCAAAGUUUCAUUUGAAGGCAACGGUCUACAUACUAGUGUGUACUACAAACCUACUAAUUUUUCGUAUUUUCUUGCAUUAUUUUGUAGUGUAUCUUUGAACCUUUGGCAAAAAACCUGAAAUACUCUUUAAAUGUAACUGUGGAAACAAAUUUUCCAUUUACACUCCUCGUCAAUGACCCCAAUGGAACGUGUAUAUGCGAGUAAGUACAAAGUUAGUUACUGCACUGUAACUUUAAAGCUUCAUCAAUUUUGUAAAUCUAAUCAAUUUGAACUUCUGGGUAAUACACAAAAAUCAUACUGUAGUGGAACCCCAUGGACAGAAAUUGGUUAAAACAGUCAUUCUGUUAUGCAUUUUCAAAUAAUUCAAAUGCUUUAUGGCUUGUGCUGGCCCUUUUGUCAACAAAAUUUCAUAUAAUAUAUACUUCUCAACACAGUUAUGUACAUGUAUUUAGGCAUUCCUUUAUAAUGAAAUAAUUAUUAAAUUGAUGAAAUGAACCCUCUUAUUCUGUAUGAUGAUAUGAUGGUAAUUAAAAUACCCUUGUGUUUUAGGAAGAAAAACGAAACUUUUGGAGAACAUGGCUUUUACAAUUACACUAUCCUCAGAUAUAAAACCAAGACAGUCUGUCGUUUAUCUACGCAAAUAGAUCCAGACAAUGCAUAUUUACGUAAGUUUCUAUACUUUCAAAGUAGAUAUAUUAAUACAGUGUAUCCACUUUUAUGGAACUUAAAAGUUCCUUGAGGUAAAUUUAAGUAAAUGGACAUGUUUAAGUUUACCUUUUAGCUCCUGAAAAGGAGAACAAUGUAUAUCCAAUUGGAUAUACACUCUAGAUACUAUUUGGAUUCAUUGUAGACUGUGUUGUUACUGGUCAGGGUAUCAAACAUAUUAAGCUCCCUUACCUGUUUGUGAUCCCUAGUCCUACUUCCUGAUUUGAACAGAUCAAAAUGAUAUAAUGCGAGUUUAUUUCCUCUUGUUGCUAAUUGUAUUUUUUCAUUUGUCUCUAGCUUUAUUGUAUGCAUUUUUGGUUAUUCUUGGGGUUGCCUUAAUUUGGCUUGUUCUUCUAUAUCUUCUAAGGUAAGAGUGGAAUGCUCACAAUGUGUUAGUCCAGCUGCCGUAUAUCUUAACAAAGUACACCUUAUAUAGGAUGGUGAUAAACAUAGUUAUUUCAGCUGCCUCCUGUCCAAUUUUCAUGUACACUACAGUUGUAUAUGGAGUGCUGAACCUGGUACUGUACAGUAAAUAUUGUUUUCACACUGUUUUUCAAGCAAGAGCACAUUGUCAAAUUGAAUGUGAACAGGUGAAAACUCUCCUUCCAUGUAAAAAAAUGCAAUUUUGUCUUCAGCAUUGACUUUUACAAGCUUGAUUUUAUAGGAAGUACAAUCUCUUGGUCAACUGGGAACUGUUUCAUGACACAGAAAGUCUUAUAAAUGCGGUAAGCUUACUUACAUGUGAGAUGACAAUUUUCCAUCUGUCGUGGAAAGCAAAUAUAGUUUAAAUAAAUGAAUGAAUAAAUGUAAUGCAUAAUUUUAUGUAUGUAUAGACAAAGAAUCAGACAUUUGCUGAGGAACAUGUACAGAUGGACAAAUUUUCUCUUAAUCACGUGUAGCAGUUAAAUGAGGUAGAAUUAAGCUAUUUUUCAUAUUUAUCGAUCAGGAUCUUGGAAGCCCCAAUUUCAAUGGCCCUGUAGAUGGUUCAGGACAUCACAUUGAUCCUCAUGAAUUGGUAAGUUUAAUUGAGCCGUACAUAAUUUUGUUUUUCAAAAAUAAUGAAAAUAAUGAGAGAUCACAAGUUCAUUUCUCAAAAUUACUUUUCAGCUUGAAAAGCCAAAGAAACAAAGACUUAAAUCUUUGGACACAUUUCGUGGGUGAGUCUCCAUCAAUGAAAAUCAUGACUUUCAGUGAGCCAUUAAUUGGAUCAGUCUCAGUGAUUCACUGAAUCAGUCAAUGAGCUGAGUGCUUUAUGAAGUUAAGCUCUGGUAAAAAUUGGGGCAAACCAGGGAAGUGCUGAGGAGGGCCCAAUCGCCAAAUUCAACCUUAUAGUCUCCCCUUACUUUAGUGAGCCUCAAGCUAGUCAGAUGGUUUAUUUGGAAGUCUUUAUUUGUGUAGUGUUGCUGGUUUUAAGAAGUAGAUUUGUCAUAGUACAUGUGCAUACAAAUAUGCACUCUUACAUUUUUGAAUGAAAAAUAAUGAAUAUAGUACCCAGUGGGAACCUUGGACACAGAAAUGAAAAGUAAAUCACAUGAGAGAUUCCAAAUGGGUUUAUCUUCGGAACAUCUAAGUUUACACAAAUGUAUUCCAAUGAGUGCAGCAGCUUGACUAAUUUGGCGGAGCUCAGGGAGGUCUGUGUAGCUCACUUAUUGGAGCAUCCAUCCAUGGAACUACAUAGUUAAAAAAAAUACUUUUUAAUUAGUACAGUGUAGCUCACAUUUUUUUUGUUUCAUGCUCAGCCUGGUGACAAUUGUUUUUAAACAAUACAUCUUUAAUUUUAGAGUAGUAUUACUGUGGCUAUUUCCACACAGAGAAUUAUUCAAUAAAAAAUAUAUUUAUCAACAGGGCUUUGGUUAGCAUAUUAGCAUUUGCACUUUGGCAUUUUUGGUGAUUGAAUUAAGAUAUAAAUUAUGAUUUCUUGCAGGAUUGCAUUGACUAUUAUGAUAUUUGUGAAUUCUGGUGGUGGUGGAUAUUAUUUCUUCAAGCAUGCCAGAUGGAAUGGUGGGUAUCUUUCCUGCCCUGGGGUAGUGUAUUUUUCAAAUGAUCAUAAUUAUUAAAUAUAUAAUUUAAGAUACAGGCUCCUGACCAGUUGUCAUCAAAGAUGCAUUUUUUUUAACUUUGAAAUAUGUCAAGCCACUGCCUCACUUACAUGAAAGGGCAUGUCUGUAAUAUUGAGGGCUUUUCAUUGUGUUCAACCAGCUUCUGGAUAGAAAGCUGCUGCCUUGAUUGGCAAAUUCCUUGCAACCCUGAAUUGCAGUUCCAGACACAUUUCAACCAGGAUUUGAUUGUUGAGAAAAAAAUGGUCAGGGUGGGAUGAGGUACCUUGCCUUUUAACAACUGAUAGUUUCAAAUUUAAACAUUCAUCAUGUAUGUGAGAUUGGCCAUUCGCCAUAAUAAUCUCCCACUUGUGUCACUUGACUUUGUUAACCUGUUUUUUAUUUAAUGAAUAUUUAUGUUUUUGUCUGCCCCCUUUUAAGGAUACUACCAUAGACUGUAUCCCUUACAGGUUUUUUUUUUUUUUUUUUUUUUAAACAAUAGUCAGUUAACGUUGGCCUAAUCUAUUGGGCUAUCAAUCCUUUAACUCCCAGGUCAAAUUUGUAAUCCUCCUCACUGUCAACUAUACAAUUCUUAUAAUUUUAGUUUAGAGAAUUUAGUGUUGGGUCAACUAAUUGUCCUCAAAUUUUUCUUUAUUCUCAUCACUUAUCUGGUUGACAUUUUAUUGAUAUUGUAAGGAGAAAAUUCUGUCUUGAUCACUUGUGGGAGUGAAAGUGUUAAUGGCAGUGGAAUAAUCUCUACCUUGUUCAUGUGGGUGAGAUAGAUGUUCUCUAACUAUACAUGGAGGUAACUGUAUCUUCCAUGAGAGACAAUAGAUCAGGGUAGAGCUACUAGCUAUAGUAAGUGAUUCCUAUUUCUUUUACAGGGCUUACAGUUGCAGACCUUGUCUUUCCAUGGUAUGUUACUACUACUAGUAAGAUUACUUCAGCAUUAAUUUUAGUAUUUUUUGUUAUUCUUUAGCAUUGAUUUACAGUAGAGCUCCUCUACCUUAUACUCCAAACAGAAACAAAAAUGAACUGUUGUCAGAGUUAGUAGGGGAUUCAAGUUAGCUGAUAGUAAGUGACUGAAAAAAACUGGGUCAAGGGAAAUCAGAGUUUGUUCAAGUUUUUGGUGGGGUUUGUGUUCACCUAGUUCCAGUUGGGGAGGUUCUACUGUACAAUUGAUUUUCAGUCAGGACAGUCAUUUGCUUUUCUACAGUUUUGUGUUUUUUUUCACUUUUGGUUUACUGAUUGAUUAAUUGAUUGAUUGAUUGACUAAUUGUCAUUGCUGUUUUAGUCUUAUUUUUAAGAUAUAUCUAUUAUGAUUUAGAACCAAGUAUGUCACCUUACGAUAGUUCUUUAGCCCUUUAACUCCCAAGAUCUCACCAGUAAUUCUCCUACUGUCUGCCAAACAAUUAUCAUCAUAUUUGUUUGGAGAAUUUGGUACUGGAUCAAUUAGUAAUCCUAUAAUUGAUAUUUUUCUUAAUUCUCAUCACUUGUCUUCAUGAUAUUGUUUAGAUAUAGUAAGGAGAAAUUCUGUCUUGGUCACUAACUUGAGUUAAAGGGUUAAAGCAUUAAUUUAUACAUGUACGUAUACGAUCAAUGGUAUUGUAUCUUAAAAUGUGCGUUCAUUACAAUUAUAAGUAAAAGAAAAAGGGAGAAUUAUGUUGGCUCAAAGGUCUGUGCAAGGAAUUGUCUUGAAUUGAUGUUUCAAGCAAAGUUAGGGAAGUGGAAAUUUCUGCAAAAGUAAACUUUUGAUAUGGACAUUUUACCGAUUUUUCCCUUUUCUUUCUUCUUUGUAGGUUUAUGUGGAUUAUGGGUGUUUCCAUGGUUAUUUCGUUUCAAUCUAUGAGACGUCGCCAAAUGAGAUCCAUAACUAUCUUUGCCAAGAUUAUCCGUCGCACACUCAUUCUGUUUGCACUGGGGCUUUUUGUAAGCAAUUGUAAGUUGAUGAUGCCCUUAAAUGCCCAUGCAACACUCUUAGCCAGUUAUUUGAGUUUUAUUUUCUGGUUUUUUUUUCCUACCAUUCUCCUUUAAAUUGUGAAGUAAAACGUUGUUUCUUUCUCCUCACCUUUUUUGCCAUUUUAUUUUUCGCUUUUUCCCUCAAUUUAAAUAUUCUGCAAUGUUUGGAAUUAAUUGACGUGUUCUGGGCCAAUAAGCAUGCUGGGUUUUCUCACAUGCAUAUGACAAAUGUUGCCGUUCUUACCGGCUGAAAUGUUGUUGGCACACAGAUGCAGACCUUGCUCACUACAGAGUACCAGGAGUCCUACAAAGAUUUUCUGCUUGCUACUUUAUCACUGCCAUGCUCCAGUUGGUUAUUAAUCCUGGAACUGAUUCUAUCCUGGUAAGUUGCAUGCAUAUGCGUGUAUGUUGUACCCACAAGUAAUUCGCACAAGAACACCUAUUCAGCAGUCUCUUUAAUUAGUAGUUUCAUUGCAAUCUUGAAUUCAGUGUGCCCUUUUACUUCAUGGAUUGAAACAUGUCUGAUUAUUUUGAAUUCGAUAGCCAGUUGCUGCAUGGUGGAACCCUAUCAGGGAUGUCUUCGCUUUAUGGGGUCAAUGGCUGGUGAUGCUGGGCCUACUAGCUAUCUAUAUCAUCAUCACUUUUGCCCUCAAAAUUGGUGGUUGUCCAAGGUAAGGGUCUAAAGAAUUGUUUCUUUUUUUUACUUCUAGAAUUGUCGUUUUCACUUGUAGUGUUGACAGCUGCUGUUAGCAAACCGAAAACGUUUAAGUUGAUCAUAUUAAGUCACUGUCAUGUCACCGUUGAGUUGAAUACGGUGCUUUCGACAUCUGUGAUCGCAGCAAUAUGCAAGAAGUUUGUCGCGUAGAAAGCAAGUAGAUUUUUAACUCGCCAACGAGCUCUCUGUCACUCAGUUGUAGAGAAUUAGGCUGCUAAAUCCGAAGUUUUAGAGUUCAAUUCCUAGUGGGGAAACUCAGAUUCUUAUUAUUUAUCAUACGCUCGUGUCGAAACGAACGACGACUUUCAUCAUGAGACAUUUUGUUUUUGCAGAGGUUAUAUCGGACCGGGGGGUCUUGCUUCAUCUGAAGCUUACAAUUGCACCGGUGGGAAUGCUGGUUACAUUGACCGACACUUUUUUGGAUCAAAGCACAUCUACGGGCAUCCUACUUGCAUGGUAACGUUUAUACAUAUAUACUGUCUUACCUUAAUAACUUAAUAGCAGUAUUUUUUCGCGCACUUUUCGAUUUAAUGUCGUAAAAGUGAAUCUAAGAGGUCAUAUUGACCAAUCUGAAGAAAGGUUAACACAGGAAAUAACCAGUGGGAGUUCAGAGUUUGUAACCCGAUGCUACUGGUGAUGAAAAUCUACUCAAUAGAAAGCUUCCUUCAUUUAUCAUCGUACAAAUUUUAUAAAACCUGGUAUUAUUUCUGCCGUGAAAGCGAAACUCUAAAAAAAUGAAUGUGAAUAUAUGAGUCAUAUAUGUGAACUGCGGUUUAAGAAAUGAAUAUGAAAGCGAUCUUUGCAGUAAUGAACACUUAACUUAUAAGGACUGAAAAAAAAUUCAGGCCUGUACGGGAUUUGAACCCAUGACCUCAGCGAUACCAGUGCAGUGCUCUACCAACAGGGCUAACAACUUUCCUUUACAAUUACUGAGCUAACUUCCUUCACUGUAAAUUGGAAAACAAAAACAAAAACAAAAAAAAAAAAAGGUAAUCAAUCUUGUAUGGAGGUGUGCCAUAAGUGCAAACACCCUCUUUUAACAUGAAAAAUUUCAGACCUUCCGUUCUUGAGUGCCAGGCCGGAGUUGUACUUUCUUGAAAGAAUAGAGUGAUAUUUUCAUGCCAUUUUUAUCUAAUUUGUUACAAGUUAGUUUGAGAUAAUAAAUGAUACAUGGAAAUUUUCUCUUGUCAGGAAACAUACAAGACAGAGGUUCCGUACGAUCCAGAGGGCGCUUUGGGUACCCUGACUUCUGCUUUCUUGGUGUUCCUGGGAGUUCAGGUUUGAAUUAGUAGCCUUCCAUGUUAUUCUCAGUGCAGAGCACCUGAGGUGCCUCCAGAAGACAAGCGAUGGCAUUUUUAAGCAUGAAUUACAUGCGUUUCGCCUUCAGCCUUGCCUUUGCAAUCAAAUGCGGUUGUGAAUAAUAAUAACUGAUAGAUUUGUGUUGUGAUCAUCCGAAAAGGAGUAUGGUCGUCGAUGUCAGUGACAGACAUUUUGUCAAAACGAGCAGAAGUUAUUAUCAGAGUCAGGUGACUCUGCCGAUGACUAUCACCAACAGUCCUUUACAGGAACGAACUCGCUCGAACAAUCGCUUCAUGAGAUAGACAGAUACUGCUAAGUUCAAGUUAUUUCUUCAACAUGCUACAUUGUUAUAUUUCGAAGAUGUUUUCUAUUCUGUCUGAUCAGUCAAAGAUAAUUUAGAACUUUUUCCUUGUUGAGACCCUUUCACCUCCAAGAUCUCACAAAUAUUUCUCCUUACUGUCUGUCAUACAAUUCUUACGAUGUAAAUUUGGAGAAUUUGGUAAUGAAUCAAGUAAUAUUCCCCUAAUUUAUAUUUUCUUUAUUCUCAUCACUUGUCUGCUUAAUAUUGUACUGAUAUUGUAAGGAGAAAUUCCAUCGCGGUCAAUAACGGGAGUUAAAGGGUUAUUGAAAAUUAACUAUAAAUUUGUUUCUUUAAGCUUAAAGCCCUAAGAAGCUGUUCACUCUUCUGUAAUAUCUUCUUUACACAAUGUAGCUAAUUAUGUUACGUUUAAUUUUCUGCUUUCAGGCUGGUUACACCUUGCACACUUUCCCAUACAACAUAUCUAGAAUGAAACGGUGGAUAAUUUGGUCUUUGCUACUUGUGAGUAUUAUAGACAGCAAACACAGUAUGUCCCAAACAUCACUUUUUUAUUCCUUUAGUUGUGAGCGGGAGAUAAGCCGCUUGCAAUUAAAUGAAUGAUUACAUGCUUUUUCUUCAAUCGACGACUGCAAGCUUUUUUCAUUUUCCAUCGAUCUUAUUUUUUUUCAAUAAUUUAUGUCUCAUUUUACUUGUGUUAUUAAAAUUAAUAGUAUCAUCAAUAAUACCAAUAGCGUUAUCGUCAUCGUUAUCGUAAGUAUGAUCAUUUUCCUUCCUUACUCAGGGUUGCAUCACUCUUGCACUCGCAGGCAAGAAUAACGACAGUUUUAUACCGAUAAACAAGAACUUAUGGUAAGUGAGAAUUUGACUGCGCUACCCAGAAAACGGGUGAAGAAUACUCCGAAAAAUAAUUAAAUUAGAGUCCAUGCAAAUAAUAAUUACGCCUCCGCGGCUUCGCCUGUUGGAAAUGUAACUUAAGGUUCGUUCUUUGUCAUCAGUGUUAUUCUCUCUUUCCUUAGCUUUUCUGGCUCCUUCCUGGUUUGUAGUUAGUUUUUCGGUGUUGUAUAUCUGGACGAACUUAUAUUCUAUACUUUUUAUAAGGUGGAAGUAAUUGCGCACAUCCCGAAAAAUACAGUCGAAAUGUAGAGAAUUUCCCUUUAAACUUUGUUUUCUAUUUAGAUUCGGUUGAUCAAACAACAUUUUUGUUGCUAGGUCUGUUUCGUUUAUCUUUGUCACUGGUGGCAUGGCAUUUCUUCUGCUGACAUUUUGCUAUGUGACCAUUGAUGUCUUGAGAUGGUGGAAUGGCGCGCCUUUUUGCUACCCUGGUGAGUAGGAAUUUCCAAGUGAAGCAAUGCGGGAUACCGUAUAUCUGACCUUUCCUUGUUUCCCCCCAAUCGUGAAAAGUGGUCUUGGGACAAAACCAUUUUUUAGUGUAUCUGUGAGUGUUUUUUAAGGAGGUGAGGGAGAAGGAUUUUACUUGUAAAAGUGUUGUAUCCUUUAAAGCCUUUAAGGCUUUAUGUCAUGUUGAUCCUUGUGCCUUUUGGAGUAAAAGAUCCGUGUGAAUGUUUACUUUUACACGAUACCGUGCCAUCAUAACCGAUUCCGGUUUUACAGCGAAAAGGCCUUUUACUAUCGACUGAGAUGAGAAAUUUAGUCUCUUUGAGAGGAUCACGCUCUUUCUUUUUCUCCGGAUGAUUAAAACCGAUAAUUUUUUUGAAGUGAGCAAGCUUGUUUUGAAUGAAUCCAUGGCUACAAAUCGAUGCAAGUGUUUGAGAACAUCGUAUCUUUAAUUUAAAGAUACAACUGCCGUUUCGUGAACCUGUGGUUGAUACAUCUGUGAAAGACAAGAAGAGAACUAUCAAAACAGAACGCAGAAACUAUUAUGACCCAAAAGAAUUGAUUUAACACGUAUACUAGAUUUAGGAAUUCCCAUUUAUUAUCGGGCACGAUCGGAAAACAGUACUGAAGAUUUAUCGUGUGGCUAAUCACCUUCCUAAUUACCCGAAACUUUUCUGAUACCGCUAAGGUUACAUUUCCUUUAUAACUGGUGUGGAAGUCACCAUCAACUGGGUCUUGUGAAAGUAAUUCUUGUCUUGUGACAACCGUCAAAUCAUCUCUAAUAUGCUAAUAUUUGGAGCACGGAAACAUUCUCUCAGCGCCACUUUACUUUCAUUACCUUUUUGUCAACCAAGCGAAACAAAAGAGGUGACGUCAUGGGUGAUCUUAUUUCUCUUGCUUACGUCGACAAAAUUCGACGCAGGAGACUGAGGGUUAACAGGCAAAUUGUCUGGUUAACACCUAACCUUUUCUUUUGAAAAACAUUUGGAUUAUUAUUUAAUUUCUUGCAGGAAUGAACUCUAUUCUAGUUUACGUGGGAAGUGAAAUUCUGGGAAGAUACUUCCCAUUUUGCUGGACAGUCAGCGGUCACGUGCAACACGCAGACCUACUGGCUAUGAACCUGGUCGGCACGGCCGUCUGGCUCAUCAUUUCAUAUUACCUUUAUUACAUUAAGUUUUUUGUCAAAAUAUAACUGAUAAAGCACCUUGUUAGCUUUUAAAUUUAGCGCAAUGAUUGGUUAGUUGAGCUUUUAAUUGAGUAUCUGAAGCCAUUCAGAUACUCAGUUACUCACUUAAUCCUCUAACUUCCAUGAGUGACAAAGACAGUAUUUCUCUUGGCGAUAUCCGUACGAUGUCAAGCACAUAAGUGUGAUGAGAAUAAAAAGAAAUAUCAUUUAGGGGAUUAUUAGUUGAUCCAGUACCAAAUUCUCCGAACUAUAAUGUAUACAAAAUUUAUACAACAAUUUAUACAAAAUAAAACUGGUAAAGCAGCUUGUUAGCUGCUGUUAUUAGUUGAUCCAAUAUUAAAUUCUCCGAACUAUAAUAUAUACAAAAUAUAUAUAAUAGUUUCUACAAAAUAUAACUGGUAUUAAAGCAGCUUGUUAGCUAUUAAAGAUGGCGCAAUUAUUGGUUAGUUGAGCUUUUAGUUGAGUAUCUGAAGCCAUCCAUAAAUAACGCUCACUUAACCCUGUAACUCCCAUGAGUGACCAAGACAGAAUUUCUUCUGGCAACAUCCGUACAAUAUCAAGCACACAAGUGAUGAGAAUAAAGAGAGAUAUCGUGAAGGGGAUUAUUAGUUGAUCCAAUACCAAAUUCUCCGAACUAACAUCAUAAGAAUUGUGUGGCAGACAGUAAGGAGAAUUAUUCAUGAGAUCAUGGGAGCGAAGGGUUAAAGAGGUGAUAAUGACAGAAAUCAUUACAACUCCAAGAAUUUUGCGUUUGUAAUGGCCAACAAGCGCCAGCUGAAAACGUUUGAGUACAGGUCAAAACGGGGAAACGUAUAGCGAUGGUGAAACUCGCGGGAAAACUCGACCUCAUAAAUGCAGUUUUAGGCAAGCGCGGGAAAAAGGUUCGAUUUGUUCUUGUUCCCGAUUGGCUGAAAAGACAGGCUUGUGCCCUCCGAUUGGUUAGUAUGUCUCUUUCGGCUGGUGACUCGUGUAGGUUAAGUCAUUAAUUUAAAUAAUUGAAAUUAUUAUCGCAGAAAAUUGUCAAUGAGUGAAAAGUUGAACCUACUUCCAAUGUCGGCUUGGCCACCUCGCGCACUUUUUAAGAGCGGGUGACCCUUUAGGAACUCCACAUCAGUCCUAUAUGGUAUUCGCAACGAUCAAUGUAUCGAUUGGACGAUUAAUCUAGUUCUUAAAGGGGGGGCGGGGGGCGCUAAGUUCCAGUUUUAUUAUUUCAAAGAGUAGUUGUUCCAUCAUUUUUAAAAUUAAGAUUAUUGUAUAGAAUUUGGAAUACUUGUAUCUACAUAGACUAAAUUCUGUUUUGAGAUUAAAACAUUUUAUAAGUUUAGACGCUAAAUAAAUCUUUGGUUUUCUUUAUUAA